AUGACCGACAAGCUCCCCCCCAACCUGCUCGCGCUCUUCGCGGCGCGACCACCUCUGCGAUUCCUCGAGCCGCCCGAUCAUGCGCCUCAGCACCGCACGACAGCCCCCAUCACCGGUGUCGCACAGUUUCUCCCGGAACUCCAGAAGUACAAGGAAACUGAUGUUUACAACCCCACUGAGAGUUGGUUGCAAGCCCGCGAUCGCAAGAAGCGAGAGAAAAAGGAGAAGCUGGAGACGCUCCUCAGAGAAGCGCCCGAUCAUCAUAAGCCAAACGAGGACCCCAACGUUCGUGGCGAUGCGUUCAAGACUUUGAUGGUCGCGCGUCUCAGUUACGAUGCUGAUGAGAGGGAUCUGGAGAAAGAAUUUGGUCGCUACGGCCCCAUCGAGCGUAUUCGUAUCGUUGUCGAUACUCACGCUCACGAGAAGCCAAACAAGAAGAAGAAGCCCCAUCGAGGCUAUGCUUUUGUCGUAUUCGAACGAGAGAAAGAUAUGCGAGCGGCUUUAGAUGCCUGUGAUGGUAUGCGCAUCAAAGAUCGACGUAUCAAGGUAGACGUCGAACGCGGCAGAACUGUCAAGGGCUGGAAACCUCGCCGACUUGGUGGUGGCCUCGGAGGGCGAGGCUACACUAGAGCUAUGGCUGCUCGUCCCAUGGGUCCCGGUGGCUUUAGCGGCGGUGGCGGUUUCCGUGGUGGCUUCAAGGGUUUCGACGGAGGACGCGGCCGUGGUGGUUUUAGAGGAGGAUUCGGCGGUCGUGGAGGAGGAUUCCGAAGCGGCGACCGAGGAGGUGACAGGGGCGGUGAUCGAGGCGGCUACGGCGCACCUAGUGAUGCCCCGUCCGGCCCUGGAUUCGACCGCAGAAACGGCGGCGGCGGCUAUGGUGACCGGGACCGUGGCGACCGAAGGGGUGGAGACCGAGGCCCCGGUGGGUAUGAUUCUCGUAGCGGUGGUCGCUCAUUUGACGACAGACACGGCGGCGGCCAUCGUGACGGUGGCCGAUACGGCGGAGAACGCGAGAACCGACGCACCGGAAGUAACAUGGAACCCAUCGGAGGCCGACGAGAAGGUGGGUAUCGCGAACAACGGGACCGAGACUACGACAGACCCCGUGAUGACGAUGGUGGCCGAAAGCGUGGCUAUGACGGCGGCUAUGAGGAUCCUCGAAAGCUUCGUCGUUAUUAA